AUGAUGGAUGCUACCUCUUUGGGAGACUUUCGUCUGGUUGAUGUCAGUGAUGGCCAUCAGCUGUGGGUCUGGAUGUUGAAUUCUGUGUUGAUAGGCGUCCGUCGAUGUAGGUAAACAAUGGCCGCAGAAAAUGUAGGGGAUUCAGCCGCAGACAAGCGACACGUUUAUAAGACAGCUGAAUCGCUUUAUAAACUCGGUGUAGCUGCUGUUGUAAAUAAUUAUUCUACUUUUAAAGAUGAAAUACGUUCAUUGCCUGCCAGCCUUCUGUUUGAUUUAUAUUACAAGUUAUACCAAGAUCAAACACUCUGUUUACUGAACCUCGAGUUCACGGAUAUCGAUGUGUUUUCAACAAUGUUAAAAGUUUCGAAUAAAAGACUGCAGCUGCUAAGAAGUUUCCAGGCUCUGAUGGACCACAGUAGGAGGAUUACAAAAGACUUAACUGCUGCUUAUAUCCGUAAAUGUAACAGUGUCCAGUUAGAUCCUUCAUCUCGAGAAAAUGUGAUUGAUCUAGGUCUCAGAUUAGGUAACUUCCUUGGUGAUGCGGGAUGGUAUGCUGAGAGUGAAAAAGUGCUGGUAACCUGUAGAGACAUUUGUUAUAUGUCUGACGGGUCUAUUUAUUGCAUCCAGAAACUGCUGGAAUGUUGUCACAAAUUACUUCAUACGCAAGCGGCUUUUUACAAUUUUGAUGGCGCAGAGCAGACGUUUCAACUUGCUUACAGUUUAGUCCAAGAACUAAGAAAGACAGAUAACACCACAAAUCUUGCAGGAUUAUUUACGGAGUUUUCUGUCUUGUAUUUCUCAAGAAGUGAAUAUGCCGAGGCAUAUCGGUGGAGCAUAGACGCAUUACAUCAGGCAGCAUGUGGUGUUCCCGUUCACGUAAUAGUUGAUGUGCUGCGGCAGGUUGCGAAAUCUUGUGUUGUGAAACGAGAAUUUAAGAAAGCAGGACUUCUCUCUCGUCAGUCGGUUUAUCUUGCUAGGGAAGUGUUUGGUGUCAAACAUCCCAAAUACUCAGAUGCUUUAAGUGAUUACGCAUUUUUUCUUCUGAACUUCGAUCUGGUUCGACCAAGCGUUGAUGUAUUUACGAUGGCACUGAAAAUCCGACAGGAGUUAUUUGGAGAAAAUAAUCUUCAUGUUGCUAUAGCCCAUGAGGAUUUAGCGUACGCUCUGUAUGUUCACGAGUACAGCUCUGGCAGGUUCGGACUGGCUAGGGAACAUGCAAAUAUUGCAAUCCAGAUAAUGCAGAACAUUCUCCCAGAAGAUCAUCUGAUGUUGGCAUCAGUGAAGAGGGUUAAAGCUCUGGUCUUGGAAGAAAUAGCACUCGAUGGACUUUUAUCCAGCUCUGGUAUGCAGGAAUUACUAGCUGAAGCAGAAGAGCUUCAUUUGUCAGCGUUGAAAUUAUCCCUUGCUACUUUUGGUGAAAAGAAUGUGCAAACUGCUAAACACUUUGGGAAUCUGGGCCGUCUGUACCAGAGUAUGAAGAAAUUUGAAGAAGCAGAAACAAUGCAUUUAAAGGCAAUAGCCAUAAAAGAAGAGCUAUUAGGAGAAGAUGAUUAUGAAGUUGGUUUGUCUAUAGGUCAUCUUGCUAGCCUGUAUAAUUAUCACAUGAAGAAGUACAAAAAAGCUGAAGCACUUUACAAGCGAUCUAUUGAUAUCAGUUUAAAGCUGUUUGGUGAAAGUUAUUCCGGCCUAGAGUAUGAUUACAGAGGUCUCGUGCAUGUAUAUCAUGAACUUAAAGAAGUUGACAAAGUUGCUGACUACACAUACUUAUUGAACAACUGGAAACUUCAUAGAGAUAUCACGUCCCAGACAGAAUAUGAACCUAUUGACACCGAUGGUGAAGUUCUUUCAAUAAGUGAUAUCACAGCACAGUUUUUCCAGCCUAACUGAAUGAGGUGUCAUGUUUGAGUGUAAUACUCUGUCAAAAAAAUUAACCUCCUUCCAUAGGAAGGAGCAUUGUGCCACAGCUUUAAGUGUUUUGUGAUUCACACAGAAUUCACAAGUACCUGGACACAGAGUAUAUACUGCCAUUCCUUCACAUGUGCAUUACGUGGAUAGAUAGCUUUGUCCUUUUUUUAAUUUAAAAGAACAUAUUUUAUGUUGUUUUGUAUUAUUUUAAAAUGUUUACUUUUUUAUGUUAAUUGUGGCAAAGAUACUCCAUUCAAAGCUUGCUGUCAAGUUAUUGUUAAUAACACUGGUAGUAAUCUGUUACACUUAGGCGCUGGUGUCGUACCCCACGUUAUGUAUGUUGUUGUUUUAAAAUUGUCAUGUACAUACUUGAGAAUGUUUAAUGUUGUGACAAUUGUCUGCAACUUUUUGCAUUUAUAUAAUUUCAUUUGUGAAACGCUGUAUAAAGAAUGCCAGUAAUAUUUGCUGGUCUUUUACUCUUAGUUGUGAUGUUUUAUAUCUUUUAAUAUGUAAGAUGCAUGCUAGUCAAUAGUUCAUUUUGAGAAAACGUGUCCAGUAUUGAUGUGAUGUGCACAAGGAGCCAUGAAACAAUGUCUGUGUAUGGUACUUCCCUUUUAUAUAAAUUAUCUGACCAAGGCAGAGUUGUGACAGUUCAUUUCAUAUUUGAGUUCAUUGUUAUAGUGAAAUUUUAUUUCCAUCUUGUUCUCCCUCUCCACUUCUCUCUCUUUUGUUUUCCUCACCUCCUGUCUGCCUUUAAAACCCUAUCCCCCCACCCCCUUUAAAAUUAACUUAUUUGCAAUUUUGACUGUUUUUAGUAAAUAAAAGAAAACUUGAGGUAACAAUAAAAUUCAGCAUAAAGGAUGUAACCAUGACGCCUGAUACAAACUUUUCAAACCAAUGCCUUGAACUCGAGUACCCCUUAGGGAUUUUAUUGAUUCAUCUCUACGGUGAAUGUUGACAAGUCUUCAUUCCAGAACUACGAAUGAUGUCGUAGCCAUACUUCCAUUAUUUAAGUAUGUAUACAUUGUCUACAUUUACGGAAACUGAUUGUUAGUCCCUUCUUCAUUGCAGAGUAAUUUUUUGCCAUGAAAAUACCAGAACAAAAAUUAGGAGCUUUUGUACCUUGGUAGAGCAGACUGUGAACAGCAACCUA